GUAGAUUCUUGCACUGAUUUAGUCCUUUAUUAGAACACACAAACCUGCAUAUGCAAACACUUGCUAUAUAUACACAUAGGGGCCAAUUGUAUAGUUUAACUAAAAGAAUAGGAAGCCAAGGGAAUUACCAAAUGGGGAGUCUUCAAACUAAGGAUAAAAGCAAUCCAAAUGCCAAAAUUAUUGAAGGGUUGAAGUAUAAAGUAAGGCUUCUUCAAACUGAGGUGAGUGAAAUUAUGGGCAUAAGGGAAUAUGAGCCUCAACCUUACCAACAAGAGAUGAUUAUUUUUGCAUUAAAAGAAGCAGAGUGGAAACAAGAAAAGAAGAAACUUAAAGAGGAAGUGAAUAAAUUGAAAAAGAAGUUGGAAGAAAAAGAAGAAGAGAAAUUCAAAGGAGUGGAAAAUCAUGAAGAACAAGUUAGAAGAGAUGAGACAAUUGAGAAAUGGAAACAGCUCUAUUUUGCUAUCAAAAUUGAACUUGAUGAACUUAUACAGAGGACAAAUCAAGUUUGUUUCAUAGGAGAAAGACUCUACUGUAGAACAGAGGAAGUGGAGUUAUUAGAGGAGCUACAUGGGGAGUUGAAAGCAAAAGAAGAAGCAAUUGCAUAUUUAAAAGAAAGAAUUGCUUCAAUGGAAAAACAAGAAGUGAAGAGGGAGAGAGAAGUUGAUAUUUUGAGGCAAAGUUUGAAAAUUAUGAGCUACAACAGGAAGGGAACAAUCCUUACCAAAGGUCAUAACAAAAGCUAGCAUUUAUUAGAAGCAUGUCAUAAUGAGUUAUUAUGAUAUAUUAUGGUUAAUUCUUUAUUAAAAGAAUGGCUAAUUUUGCUCGGAACGAGUUAAGUA